ACUCCCCUGCAAAAUUGCAGGGGAGUGGGAGGUUAGUGUCCCCACGUCACUGCUUUUGUUUUUUGGCAGUUCUGCAAAAGUUACAGAACACAAAACAAAGGUGUGGAAUUCCCAGAUCUCUCUGAAGGAAAAGCUCUCUCUCUCAAAAUUCUCCCUUACGUUCCAAAUUGACGCUCCCACAAGCACGAUCCUGAAACCUAAGAGGAUAGCCAGGAAGACAUAGUGGUGGUGUUCGAGGGCAACUUACUGAAGAAACGUUCUUCAAAGAGUUUGGUGAUAUAUUUUAAAGUUCGGCUGUGGGAAGAAUGGGGUUUUUUUUGUUCCCUUUCAAUCUUACAAAAAUUUUGGUUCGUCGUGCCUUGCUCCGUGAGUUUUGUGGCUACUGUCCAUCCGUGCCGGCUGUUGUAAGCAUCACCAUCUCGAGGAUGUCGUCUUCAAAUCUUGGACCAGGAAACCGACAAAGUUACACAAGCAAUGUCGAUAGAAUAGAAAACACUCAACCAGGAGAGGCUAGUCAAACAACACAGAGUUCUGGCACGACUAAAAGAAAAGGUAGACAUAACACUGAAGGGCUGAAUGUUGAUAAACAUGUCCAAGAUCAUGGUCUGAUAGAAAUUAAUAUCGAAGAAGAAGAUGACAAGCCAGUUUGUAGCCAUAGUUUGAAAUUGGUCUCUCAAAUUGGGGUAUGGGUUCGGUCGAUCGUUUCUCUGAAUUGUGAACAUUGGUCAGAUGUCAACCAAGACGAUAAAAACAGUAUCAUAAAUAGACUUAGCUGGAAGAAGGUGCAGAACCUCCUUCAGCUUGACAAAUCAGUGUUCAAGUACUAGGUAGGCGAGGUGCACUUGGAUGGGGACCACUGAUUGCGACGACUCAAAAUGAACGAAGUUCUCAAAGAAAUAGAGARUCAAGAAAUCAAAUUGCUCAAUUGCAACCCGUUGUACAGACGCAACAAAGCCUGCUUGAAUCAACAAUGGCUCAAUUGAGUUAGUUACAAGAAAUUGUAAACAGGCUAAGCAAUGCUGGAGAAGGAUCGUCACAACGAGGCAAUUCUCAACCGUCAAAUGAUGCUUAAAAAGGAUAUACUAUGUCAUCAAAAGCGGUUAUGCUGGAUCAUUCAGAAGAAGAAGUUCGUGCACAAAACAACAUGUUUUCUUUUGUUAUGUAACUGAAUCACUUAUAAGACAAAUUGUUAUUUGUAGAUCGAAAGUACUUUUUUGUUAUAAUAGGAUGUUACACAUUUGGAGAAUCUACCUUACGUAUUUUUUAAUAUUAAAAAUACUUUUCAGUGACGUUUUA